CCAGAAAAAGAGUGAAAAACUUUAGAGAAGAAGAAGAAGAAGAAGAGUGAUUUUUCAGAGAAAAAAUGGAGAGAGAAAUAGAACUAGAGUCUGCAAUGUACACAAAUUGUUUAUUAUUAGGUCUUGAUCCAUCAGUUCUUGGUGUAGCUUCAGGAAACAACAACAGCAACAUGAAUGGUGUUAAUAGUCCUACACCUAGAGUUGGUUUAUUUCGCCAUUCAAACCCUAAAUUGGGUGAACAAUUACUUUAUUUCAUUUUAUCUUCAUUAAGAGGACCAAUUCAAUCGUCUAAAGAUUUUGAUAAAGUAUGGCCGAUCUUUGAUUCUGCACAAUCAAGGGAUUUCCGAAAGGUUGUGCAAGCAAUUAUAAAUGAGUUAGAAUCACAAGGGGCAUUGCCCAGGAGUAAUUCUAGGGUUUCAUCGCUCGCGACGUGUUGUGGACCAAGAUUUGUUGAGCUUUUAUGGCAACUUUCAUUGCAUGCUUUACGAGAGGUUCAUAGACGAACUUUUGCAGCUGAUGUAGCAUCUAAUCCGUUACCUGCUUCGUUGACUGAUGUGGCUUUCUCUCAUGCAGCUACAUUGCUUCCUGUGACAAAGGCUAGGAUAGCACUUGAGCGAAGGAAGUUUCUGAAAAAUGCCGAGACGGCUGUGCAUAGGCAAGCUAUGUGGUCUAACCUGGCUCACGAAAUGACUGCUGAAUUUCGUGGUCUUUGUGCAGAAGAGGCGUAUCUGCAGCAAGAGCUGGAAAAGCUACAGGAUUUGAGAAACAAAGCCAAGUUAGAUGGGGAACUGUGGGACGACCGUGUUUCUAGCUCCUUGGGUCAGAAUUCACAUUUGGUUUCCAAGGCAACUCGCUUAUGGGAGUCUUUACUUGCGCGCAAGAGUCAACACGAAGUUCUUGCUUCAGGUCCUAUUGAGGAUUUGAUUGCUCAUCGUGAACAUAGGUACCGAAUAUCCGGAUCAUCUUUGCUUGCAGCGAUGGAUCAAAGUUGUCAAGUUCCUUAUCCAGAUGUCUUACCUAUUCACUCUGGUGACACGGCGUCAACGCAUGGAUCUGUUUCAACUCAUAUUCAAUCAAGUGAAGAAGUACUUUCCCGAGUGGAUGAUAGAAGUGGGCGGGGUCAUCCUACUGUUGACAUUGCAGAAAUUCUUAGGCGCUGGACACAUGCUUUACAACGUAUUCAUAAGCAGUCUCUUCAUCUGGUCAAGGCGAAUGAUGGCGAGGGUCCGGAACUUUUACGAAGCCCUCAUGAUGGUGGUACUAGUGGCCAUGCUGAAUUUUUGGCCACAACCCUUGCAGAACAUCGGCAACAUUUAGCUAGCAUAAAGGUGCUUGUUAAUCAACUGAAGGAAGCUGCCCCGUUAAUAAAGAACUCAAUUGCAGAGCUCCAAGAAGAAGUGAACAGUAUUUCUUCGACUUUGCCUCCCAUGACCAAUCACCAAGUUCGGUCUACUUCCCCUAUUCAAGCACAAAGUAGUAGUGGAAGGAUAGCGGAGAAAAGCGUCGACGAGGUGUCUGACAUAACUUCAAAAUUGUCGAAUGCUCAGCUGGAAAAGGUUACUGCUAGUCCUACACUUAAACUCCCACAUCUAUUUAGUUCUACUCCAAAUUCUUCGGGAAAAGCUGGAAAUGCUCAAAGAAGGCAGCUAAUUUCUCAAGUUAACCAAGUAGAAAAUGUGGCUGAAGUAAAACCUCUUGACCAGUCUCUUCCGAACAGCCAAGUGGACAGUCUACCUCAAGGCAUUGAUUUUUCGUAUGUUCAAAAUUUAAGGAGAACUGUCAGGGAAGCUGCUCUAGCAGCGCCCUGCUGCAACACCGAGUCUUCACAGGACAGUCGUUCCUCUGAUGGUUCGGAACAUUAUUUUGUACCUCUUUCAGGGAUGAAGUACUCUAGUAUCAGCCCAGAAAUUAAAUCUGCUCAAGUGAGGAGCAAACGGCUAUUUUCAUCUCCACCCCGUAGAAAGAAUAAUCUCAUCUUAGAUGAUACCGACUCGCUCCAUGAUUUUGGCAGCCAAAUUGAUGGCUAUCUAUCGACGCUUGAUUCAAAUUAUGCAUCUUCUGGUCCAGACAGAAUGUUUCAUGGCAUAGGGGAAGAUCAGGAUCAGGUUUUCUCACCUCCUUUGUUGAUGGAUACGUCGUUAUUAGAAGAUGUCUACGAAGACCUGCUUGCACCGUUAUCUGAAACAGACACUGCUUUGAUGGAGCAGUAAGCCAGAACAGGCUACUCCUUAUUUAUCAUUCUUACUGAUGCUUGAAGGAGGCAAAAAUCUGGUUAAGAAAAGUGGAAAAGAGAAUUUGUUGUUACAUGUAAUAUGAUUGAUGGGGUGUCACAGUAAUAGUAAUAGAUAUUGGAACGAUUAAAAGCUCUUUGUUUCAGGUUAAACAAGCAACUUUGGCUAUUGAUUUUGGGAAUUGUGGUGUAAUGAAGUGUAUAGAUUCUUGUAAAUUUUCGUUCUAUAAUCAAGUUGUUUCAUCAUUUGAGGAUU